AUGGCGGGCCGUCGAGUGGCGGAUGGAGCGGGGAGUCUAGUUGAGAGUCCAACGAGACACAAUAUUCAGCCUCGACAUCGGCAUCAAACUCACACCCAGACCAAUGGCAACGACGACACUGCUGUCACCGACGACACGAUUAGUACAACCGGACCCCCAAAGAAGAAAAAAUAUGUUCGUGUCAUGACGGACAAACGUCGUGAACAGAAUCGACGUGCUCAGAAAUUGUACAAGGAGAGACUGAAGAGGAAACUUGAGGAUUUGCAAGGCCUGGCACAGGUUUUGGGUGGUGGUGGUGGUGGUGGUGGUGAUGGCGCUGCUGCUGCUACUACGACUUUACCGACAACGACAUCGACGAAAAGGCCGACAUCGACUACGGCAAACACAAACUCGUCCCCUCGACGUAGCCCUACCGACACCAUUACAACUACAACCAAUGAAGCGAAGACGAGUGAUGAUUAUGAUGAUUGUGCUUCGAAUAUACCUCGUCAGCCGUCAUUGCCGUCGUCGUCGUCGUCGCCUCAUACACAAAAUUCGGCCUCAUCAUCCUCGAACCCAAUACCUCACAUGAGAAAUCAGGUCGAUACAUAUCCUCCGUCAUCGUCAUCGUCCUUCUCCUCCUCCAUACCUACCUCGAUAAAUCUGGCAGACGCGUUCACUGCCGCAGGUGAUUUACCCUUUACCUCUGGACCUGUUCCAGGUAUAGCCUUCUCCUCUGGACAAGACAUCUCAACGCCAUCAGCGUCCGAAGCCGCACCAGCGCCCACGCCAGCACCCUUUCUGACAUAUGACGCGCUACGAGAAUCUGCGCGACGGAGUAAACACCCCAACCCCGUUCUCAGUCCAGACCCCAACCUCGACCCAAGUCUUCUACGCAACAGUAUCCACGAGGACCUGAAUGACCUCGACCUUCGUCAUAUAUGGCGCAUACCUCCACGGUCUCCGAGCCAAGUAUACACGCCUCCUCAUCAUAACAACGACAAACACAAAAUCCGUGAUCAACAGAGUACAGCAAUGAUCCUCACUCCACAAUCAAACCCGUACAGUCCACGAUCCGGAGUUCGAUCAAGGUCAGGAUCCACAGGGUUUUCCGCAUUUGGUACUGCCAACGGCAGAGGAUCCAACAACCACAUCCACUUCACGCCCGUGGCGGCAUCACAUCUCCCUCCCCCGCCGGACCCGUAUUCGAACCACAUGAGACUAUGGCUAGAAGACAACAUCGAAGCGUCCAUCGCGCUCGCCAGCGCCGUGGGGAUAAGUCGCAGCGAAUACAUCAACGACCACCCGAGUCGGUUUCCUGGUUGUUAUCUCAAACUCAACCAGCCCGGAAACAAUUCUAUCGAGAGAAACAUCGCCUAUACGGGAUUCGAUUACUCUCGCGCGGCGCAGGGGGUGCUGCAGCAGGUCAACAAAUGGCCCUCGGGAACCGCCGCCACCGCCGCCGCCGCCGCCAACAUCGGGCGGUCGCUGCGCACGGGCAUGCUCGUCACGCAGGAAUUAAAGGACCACAUGGACCGAGUGCAGCCUGCGCUCAGACCGACGCCGGCGCAGCUGUUGCUGCCGCACCCCAGUUACUUGGAUUGCAUCGUGUUCCCGUUCGUGAGGGAGGCUGCCAUCCUUGCCAGUGCGAAGGGUCAACUGGAUCACGUCGGGCUGUUUAUGGAUCUGAUGAACGGUGGUAUGGUGUGUUGGGGAGGCGGGAGUGGCGCGUCAACGAGAGCUGCGAGGAGGGAUAUGGGCGAUGGCUCGUCGACGCGCUGCAGCAGUAGGGGCGGCAUGAGGAGGGACGUGGCGUGGGACACGAGGAGUUGGGAAGCGAAAAAGUGGUUUUUGAAAAAGUGGGAAUGGCUGGUCGGGAGUGAAGAGGAGGAGGAAAGGAGGGGGGACCUGUUUGGGAUAUGGAGGGCCAGUAGAUGGUGGUGGAGCAUGAGAGGCGAGGACGAUGAUGAGGAGGAGGAGGAGGAGGAGGAGCCGGAAGUAGUGGUGGAGGUGGAGGUGGGUCGGGUGUGUGAUAAAAAUGAAGGAUGUGUUGGUGCUAAUGCAGCUGGGUUCGAUGGUCUGUAUGAGGGUAAUAGGAACGGGCAGGAUGGAGGAUUGGACAUGGAAGGCGUCGAAGGAACGGUUUAUCAUGACCUGGUGUCCAUGUCGGAUGGACAGAGGGUCACUGAGAUUGAUGGGCAUUGUUUAUGA